CGCCCUCGCCCCACCACCGCCACACUUUACGGCCCGACACGCCACUUUUGCCGCAGACGCUUUAGCUGCCGCCGCUCCCCAAGUCGCCAGGACUGUUGCCGGUGAGGUGAGGCGAGGCGAGCUCCGGUCCCGUUUUCGCUGCCACAGGGAGGCCGCCCCGGCCCGGCGAGCCGAACCAAUGCUGGAUCUGGAGGUGGUGCCCGAGCGCUCUCUUGGGAACGAGCAAUGGGAAUUCGCGCUAGGAAUGCCUCUGGCUCAAGCAGUAGCCAUUCUUCAGAAGCACUGUCGCGUCAUCAAAAAUGUCCAGGUUCUCUACAGUGAACAGUCUCCUUUAAGCCAUGACCUCAUCCUUAACCUGACUCAGGACGGGAUCAAACUACUGUUUGAUGCUUUCAAUCAGAGACUUAAGGUGAUUGAAGUAUAUGACUUAACUAAAGUAAAGUUAAAAUAUUGUGGCGUACAUUUCAAUUCUCAAGCCAUAGCUCCCACUAUUGAGCAGAUUGACCAGUCUUUUGGUGCAACCCAUCCUGGAGUGUACAACUCCGCUGAGCAGCUCUUCCACCUCAACUUCAGAGGACUGUCUUUCUCUUUUCAGCUGGACUCAUGGACUGAGGCUCCCAAGUACGAGCCCAAUUUUGCCCAUGGUCUGGCCUCUCUCCAGAUACCCCAUGGAGCAACUGUGAAACGAAUGUACAUCUAUAGUGGAAACAGCCUUCAGGAUACCAAGGCUCCUGUGAUGCCUCUGAGCUGUUUCCUGGGCAAUGUGUAUGCUGAGAGUGUAGAUGUUCUUCGAGAUGGAACUGGACCCUCAGGUUUACGACUUCGCCUACUUGCUGCAGGCUGUGGACCUGGCCUAUUAGCAGAUGCCAAGAUGCGGGUAUUUGAACGCUCGGUGUAUUUUGGCGAUUCCUGCCAAGAUGUUCUUAGCAUGCUUGGCUCUCCACACAAGGUCUUCUACAAGUCAGAAGACAAGAUGAAGAUUCAUUCUCCCUCUCCUCAUAAGCAAGUUCCAUCCAAAUGCAAUGACUACUUUUUUAACUACUUCACUCUUGGAGUGGACAUUCUCUUUGACGCGAAUACACACAAAGUGAAGAAGUUUGUCCUACAUACCAAUUACCCCGGACAUUAUAAUUUUAAUAUUUAUCACCGCUGUGAGUUCAAGAUCCCACUAACCAUAAAGAGAGAAAACACAGAUGGUCAGACAGAAACAUGCACAACCUACAGCAAGUGGGACAACAUCCAGGAACUUCUGGGCCACCCUGUGGAGAAGCCUGUUGUCCUGCAUAGGUCCUCCUCCCCAAACAACACCAACCCUUUUGGCUCCACAUUCUGCUUUGGUCUUCAGCGGAUGAUCUUUGAGGUCAUGCAGAAUAACCACAUUGCCUCAGUGACACUUUAUGGCCCCCCUAGGCCUGGUGCCCACCUGAGAACAGAGCUCCCCUAGGGACAUCACCACCCAUGUCCCUCUGCCCCAUGGAAUUGUGCUUCACAUCUUGUCCAGUGGGCCUCCCUGUGCUACCCUGUGGGUUUUGUCGGACACCUUACCAGCAUGGAAGGGCUGUUGUGAUGUUCUGAGGUGGGGCUCAGGCUGGAUGUUAUGCCGUGGGGUGAGAGAGCCAGAUAUUCCUCUGUCUGUUCUCAGCCUGCUGGUGCCAACAGGGGACGCAGACUGCAGAGAGAAGCACAAACUCUGAGCCUUGAUACCUGGACCCAGGAGCUCUCUACUAAUGUAAGGAGGCAGGGUUCUGUCUCCCCUGUCCCAUACACAUUGGAAAACUUGGGGCUCUUUCUGUGGCUGAGGACACAGGAACCCAGGACGAGGACAAGGUCCUGCCUUUGGCCCAACAUUGCCACAUUACCCUUAAGGCAAGCAGGUAGCAUGUCCACAGUACUUGGUUGCGACUUUUGCACUACAUCCACUUUAGUUACUUGAUGAGCUGGCUGUGCCCAAGGUGGCCCACCUGCCCUUCCCUCUUCCUUUCUUGCACGCGCUCUCUGCUAGGCCCAGUAGGCACUCCCAAGUGGUUGAAACAACUUUCUACCAUUGAGUUAUGUGCCCAGACCUGGUUCCCACCCCUCUUGGAGCGAGCCUUCAGGGUUGCCUGUGCCCCUACUCUGCCCAACCUGGCUGGCGGGGCUGCAUGUUUCCAUCUUGUCUGCCUCUUUUAUUUAAUGCCAAAGUUUUAGCCAAAGACAUCUUCCUCCUUUUGUUGUGUUUCAGCAUUCUGUCCUGCACUAUGGGCUUGGCUUCGCUGUCCCAAGCCAGGGCAGUGUCUCCUGGCCAGGCCCAUUCAUGGCUCAAGGCCUCUGGGGCUCAAGGAGGGCUGGCUGCUCAGUCUCUUCAUGGGACUUACUAAGGAAAGUAGCUUAUGUGCUUUAAAAAUAUUAAUCCUUUUGAAAAGAAUUGAGAAGAGAAAUGUAUAAUUUUAUCCCAUUUUUAAUAUUUUGGUCUAGCAACUUGUGAUACAUAGAUGACAAUUUUGUGAGUUUUUCAAAUGUGUGUACAGAUUUUUGUAAAUAUGACUUUUGUAAUUAACUCAUGUACAGCCUCAUCCUGUAUAGUUUAACAAUGAAUGUCCCGGGCUCCUUUGUGGUUCCUGGGCAUAUAGCCAGGCUUGUGUGGCAUUCCCAUGACUUUGUGACUGAUUAGUGUCUUCCCAUGUGGACUGUGGCCUGGCCAGAGACACCCUGCACAUCCCACUGUGGGGCAGCCAGGACUGUUCCCAUCCUCCUAGAAUGGGGGAACCUUCCUCAUGCCCUGCCCACACCCCUCCUCCAAUAAAGACCUAUGCCCUCAGCAAUAUGCUGUUGCUGGGGUGUUUGUACUAAAAUAA